UCCAGCCAUCGGCAAGCAACAGAAAUCUAAACGAUUUUGGUCCACCCGAAAAGUUCUCUCCUCACCUAGAGUAGUUUCCAGUAAAACCAAAAUCGAAAAAAACCUAACAAUUUAAAGAUGAAGUUGUACGCCCCAGUGAUCCUGUUGGCCUGCUGCCUUCUAGUUGCACAGGCGGCUCCCGAGAAGAAGAUUGCCCAGAAGUCGCGUCAAGUGGAGCAGGAUGCCAAGGUGGGAGUGGCCAGUGCGGCUGGUUCCACUGCAGGAUCUGCCUCCAAGGAUCCCUCCAGCGGUCGGUUAUUCCUGAAGAAGUUCCUCACCUUCAAGAACCUAUUCAGCAGCAACAACCAGCCGGUGAUCCCGAUCAUUAUUACCGGCGCUGGUACUGGAACGUCCACUGGCACAUCUCCCACCUCACCCACGGUGACGGUAACCUCGACUGGCACUAUUCCCUCGGCCACUGGCACAAUCACCACCUCGCCCACGACUCCCUCAUCGCCCACAUCGACCUCGACUGGCCGUCAAACGAUUGUCAAGGGUGCCCGUUAUGGUAGCGACGAUGAAGCUGAGGAUCAGGAGCAGGAGAAGGACCAAGAGCAGGAGCAGGAUCAAGAGCUGGCCCAAGGUCAAAUGCCCGCUCAGGCCUAUCCCGCUGAACUGAUGGACGAACAGGCUCUGCAGGCCGCUUUAGCUGCUGGUGCCCAGGAAUACGAAGUGGUGACCACCGGACACGAGGUUCAGGGCACCGGCGGUGCAACCGGAGAAGGUGGCAAGGCCACUCAGAGCAACAACCACAUUAGCCUGAGACGCAAGGGUGCCCGUCGCGGCCAGGUGAUCAGUGUUCGCAUUCCUCCUAGGUACCGUCGCUACUUCAAGAACGGCCAGAAGGUGAUGCUCAAUACUGGCAGUCGUCCCGGCUCCAAGCGCCGUGUGGUACGCAAACGUGUGCCCGCCAAGAAGAUCAACAAGAACAACCGAAGGCGUAAUGGCAACAAGAAGAACCGUCGCAACCGCAAUAAGAACCGUCGCAAUCGCAUUACCGCCGUCUAGAGAUUCAGAAUUUGAACACGAAACCGAAAUCGGAAUGGGAAUCGGAAUGAGGAUCUCAUUGAUCCCCAAAUCCCCGUCCUCCGGCAAGAGCAUUUUUUUUUCUAAUUUAUUGUAGCCUAACUUGCAACUGCCACACUUCCUGUGACAGGAUUUAACAUAAAUAAAGCCCUUUCAAAAGUA